UGUCCGAAUUAAAUUUGGGGCGUUUUAAAGAAGGAAAAUCAGAUUUCUUCCCCAUUAUCUUCCAAACCCUUCUCCUUCCUUCUCUCAAACUCCCACACCACAAUUUUCAAAUUUUUGAAUUUCUCUUCUAAAACUUCAUCAAUUUCACACACAUAAUUCAAUCACGAGUUCUUCGAUUCUUAUUUUGUAUUGGUAUUGACAGGGAGGCUAGAUAAUCAAACCAAAUUCUCCAAAAUCUACUUAUUCAAGGCACGCCUACAAGGUGUUCGACAUUUUGCUCCAACCAAAUUUUGAGUUCGAUUCUCUACCAAUUCCCACCGAAUCUAUUCCAACAUCUCUCCCAACUAUGUCGUCCAACAAAAGAGGCCGCACGAGCGAAGCAUCAUCUUCCAAGGGAAAGGAAAAAGGAAAGAAAGGUGCCACCAAAACGACGAUCCCCCAACCCGAAAAGGAAGCCUUUAGUGUCGAAGGCGCCCGCCGCGGCUCUAUUCGAUAAACAAGCCAAUAAAACCGUCAUCACGGAACGAGCUUUGACAAUCACCUUACCACACCUCGCCGACCUUAAUCAAGAAAUUAUAAGACGAGGGUGGCAAAGGUUUUGUGAACUGGAGCCGAUUCACAACAUCUCGAUCGUGCGAGAGUUUUACUCUAACACGUUGGUACUCAAGCCUCCACGACAUUCGACAAGUGUAGUACGCAAAAUCUAUGUCGAGUGGGAGACGGACGAUAUAAAUCAAUAUUACGGACUCCCGUAUUUGGGUCAAAGCUGGCGAGAGAUGAGAAACGAAGUCACCAAAGAGCAAAUUGGUGAAGUGUUGAGUGAUGGGCAUCCAACGUGGAUCAAAUAUCCAGACAAGGGGACAUAUGAGCUCAGUUGGAAAAGCAUCAAUUAUGAAGGCAAGUCAUGGUUGACUUUUAUUUGCGCCAACGUAAUCCCGACUACCUCGUUUAGUCGGAUCAACCACGAACGGUGUGCGCUCGCCUAUUACAUUAUCACGGGGAAGCCAGUCGACAUCGGGACCAUUAUGUACGAUCAAUUAUGGCUGACCAUGCACGACAAUUCAAAGGGAAUAUUCUUCCCUAGCUUUGUCACGGGAUUGUGCAAAAGAAAGAAGGUCCCCAAGCUACCGAACGAUAUCGAACUCACCAUCCGGAAGCCGAUUGCCGAUUUUGCGGCUUCGCAAUUCAAAGAAGCAACCCAUGACGAGGCACAAACCUUGGCCGAAAUUGCAGCCGCUCCUCAAGCCCGAAACGACCCCGAAGCCUCAAGCUCCCGUGCCGAUCGACGAUUCCAAAAAAAGAUGGAGCGCGAGAUGAUACUUACGAGGAACCGGUUGACUACCGUCGAGCAUAAAGUCAACACGAUAAAGGCACUUCAAAGAUGGUCGAGCGAGAUGUUACAAGCUAUUGUCCAACACUUGGGAUGGGGGAUGCCCGAUUGUAUCGAGCCGUCACCUUUACCAUCACCCAUUCUUCAGCCUGUACCCGAGCUUUCCGAUGAUGAGGGAGCAUGA